CGCAUACGUAUCCUUUAGCCUACUACCAUUGAAAAAACAAAAGAGAAUCUUACGUUUUAUUUCUUCUUCUUGUGCUCUAAAACAAACAAUAGCUUUGUCUUCAGGCAAAGCAAAGACUUUGAGAAGAUGGUUCAGAGGAAGACUUGUCAAGCAACCGAGUCUUAUAAUAAUCUCCAGCCUGAAACUCGGUUUGGUCAAGAACAUGUCAAGAGCCUUGGACCUGAGAUGAUGAUGAUGAAGAAGCGAACCAAACCUAAAAGGAAGGUUAUAGACAGUCCUGUUUCUCAAUCAGGUAAGUUACAGUCAACACCAAAGAAACAUGAUCUUGUUGUUAAAGGGACAGGUAUGUCUCCUAACUACAUGAAAGGCACCUCUAGCUCUGAGGCAAGGAAGGAGAACAAGAGUAGACUUAAUCAGAAGAACCAAACUACUGGUCUGAAACAUGAUUCUCGUCAUGGAGUUAUAAAAGAGAAAAAUAUCAAGAAGCCGAGUUCGAGGAUGGUUAGGGGUUUGACAAAGGCUCCGAGUUUCAAGAGAUGUUCACAGAGAGCUACUUGUUCCUCUACUUUGAAAGACUCCAAGUUUCCAGACUAUCUGAUGCUUCAUGAUGAUGAAGCAGUUAGCGGAACUUCUGUUUUAAAAGUCUGUCCUUACACGUACUGUUCACUCAACGGCCAUCUUCACAAGCAGUAUCCUCCUCUGAAAAGCUUUAUAUCCUCGAGGAGACGGAGUUUGAAGUCUCAGAAGAAAGCUUCCAAGGAAAAUGUUGUGGAGAUGUAUGUAGAGGAGAAGAAAGAGUAUGAGGUUGAUGUUGAUGUUGGUACUCAAAUCUCAGAAGCUCUUUCUGAAGGAGCACCUUAUUCUGAAACCGAUUCAGAUGGUUACUUUGGUAUGGAGGAGACUUUUGUAGCUGACUCUGUGAAAGAGAUCCAAGAGACUCAUGAAGCUGAUGAUCACUACUCUGGCAGUGCAGACGAGAUGGUGAAGACUUCUGAAGGUGAACAUGGAACUGAAUCAAGGCAGUCUGAUUUUGAGGAGUCUCUAGUAGAUGACACUGUGAAAGAGACUUCUUGUGAGGUCAAUGAUGACUCUGAUAGUGAAGAUAUGGUGAGGUUUUUAGAAGGUGAUGAUGACUUGGAGGAGACUCUAUUAGAUGACUCUGUGAAAGAUAUCCAAGAGAACUCAGAAGCAGAUGAAGCUGGUGAAGAGACACUAAAUGAUAACAAAGCUGAAGAUCACAAAGAGGAGCUUCAAGGCCAAACUGAAGAAACCAAAAAGGCUCCAUAUAACCGUAAACAAAAGCCAAGCAACCAAGAAGAGUCAGAUGUUACCAUGUCUUGGACUAUCAUGAAAGGCAAGAAACCUCUGGCAGAGACAGAGGAUUUGAAGGAGUUCAACCCAAGAGAACCCAAUUACCUUCCACUUGUGGAAGAUGCGGAUACUGAAAAGGUUGACCUCAAGCAUAAGGACAUAGAUGAGAGGAGAAACUCAGAGGACUGGAUGUUUGAUUACGCUCUCCAGCGUGCUGUUACCAAACUAUCUUCAGCAAGGAAGAGGAAAGUUGCAUUGCUUGUGGAGGCGUUUGAGACUGUGAAACCUGUUGUGCCACAUGGUAGAGAACCUGCACCGGUUAUGAGCUAUGGAAGACACCUUCAGACCUGCAAUUAACAGAGGUAAUCAACAGAAUCUCUUACAAACUAAGCUGAUAAAUCUGAUGUGUUGCAAGUUGUGUUCUUAUGGAAAAAACUUUGAUGGUUUCUAUGUGUGGUUGUAAUAUGAAUGAUAUGAUUCUCCUUAAUCUGUGAGGAGGACUUGGUGUGUGCUUUUCUUUGAGACUAAUGUAUGAGACAAUCUUAUGUAUUUGUCUAGUUAUAUGUAAACUCUUUGAAAUCAUAUAUCAAUCGAAUGCUGUUGUUGUUUGUUGUUAUAAAACA